AUGUCUCCUUUGAUUGGGGAAGCGGUCAAAUUAUGGGCUAUCAUGGGAGGCUCGGGAAGUGGAAAAACGACAUUGUUAAACACCUUAUCUCAACGGUUGAAUGCUCGCAAUAAGAAGCUUCAGUUCUCUGGAAGAGUUAACUACAAUGUUGCUGGAGGUCUGCCAGACUCGAAAGUCAAGAACUCAUUCAUGCAACAAGACGAUUUUUUUUUACCUGGACUCACUGUUUUUGAAACCAUGAAAUUUCAAGCAGACUUGAGACUUCCAUCAUCAACCACCACUGACGAGAAAUUGCAUUUGAUAGACCACCUUUUAUCCAUUUUGGAACUCGUUCAUUUGAAAGAUAAACAAAUAGCUCAAUUCUCCACAAAAAAGACCAACUUGUCUGGUGGUGAGCAAAGAAGAGUGAGUUUGGCCAUUCAAUUAUUGAGCAAACCUUCCAUUCUCUUUUUGGAUGAACCCACCACUGGCUUGGAUGCCACAAGCUCGUACAACUUGGUCCUGCUACUCAAAAAACUUGCAUCCCCCGAAUUUGGCAUUACUAUUGUGCUUUCUAUUCAUCAGCCCAGGCCAGAGAUAUCCACCUUGUUUGACAAGAUCUGUCUACUCACCCGAGGUGGCAGGGUUGUUUACUACGGCAGUUUCAACGAGACUGAAACAUAUGUUACCAAGCUCUCUGAUUUGGGUUUUGACAAAGGCAAUCAAUCGAAGGGCUUCAUCGAUCGUAUAAUGGACAUGUCCGUGAAAGAUGCCUCUUCUGCGGAAAACGAAGUAAAUUCCAAUUCACGAAUCGACGCUCUCGUGCGUCUUUGGGAGUCACAAACAUCGCAAAAUGAAAAAUCUCCUUCAAGUUACCUGAAAUCUGAGGACGAACAGUUUCUGUCAAACAUCUCCAGAUUUCACCGUCCAAAAAAUGAGGCCAUUCUGUUCUGGAGAGAGCUUAUCAUCUUGACUAAGCGCUCGUUUAUUCUCACCUACAGAGAUGUAGGCUCGCUUAUUGCCUUGAACGGCGGGGCUCUCCUUUUGGCGGUAAUUUGUGGGUGGAUAUUUUACAAACCAGAGCCAGAUCUUGCUGGAAUCAGAUCAAUAGUUUCAACGUUAUACGUGAUGCUAGAGGUUGUUGGUUUCGCUCCCAUGUUUGUGGAGAUUGAACGUCUAUAUUCUACCGAUGGUGUCUUUUUCUACCGAGAGUAUAAAGAGAAUUUUGUCAGCAUUCCAGGGUUCAUUAUCUCCAGACGGCUCGGGAAAUUCUUUUUGGAAGAUGUGUCGGUGGCCGUUAUCUUUGCCCUGAUUACUUAUUUCAUGUGGGGACUUCGUAUCACCACCGAUUUGGAUGGCCCACAAACUCCAUCAUAUUUUUUCAUCUAUUUGGCAGUGACAAUCUUGACCAACUUUGUCGGAAUGGCUUCGGCAAUGUUCUGUUUUGCGCUCUGUGACGACUUUGCUAUAGCUUCGUUGGUCACCAAUGCAUUCUACCAACUACAAAAUAGUGCAUGUGGGUAUUUCGUCAAUGCAGCGACUAUGCCUGUUUAUGUCCGUUGGGUCAAAUAUCUUGCAUACUUUUGGUAUGGAUUUGGUGCCCUUACAUCAAACCAGUUUACCAAUUGGACGGGUGACUGUCCACAUUCUGACAAGAGCUUGUGCCAAGAGUAUUCUGGCGCAUACCAACUUGAAGUUCUAGGCUUUCCCCAAGGCUGGGUCAAGCAGCCCAUAUGUAUAUUGUUGGCUUGGGUUAUUGGAUUUUAUUUGUUGACUGCCGUCUGUCUCUAUUUCAAGCCUUUAGAAAUGGAAGUUGCAAAAUCAAGACUGAAGUCCAACGAAAAACUGAAAGAUACUGACGAUGAGCCAUCGGAAAAUUGCAUAUUACAGCAGGAGUUUGAACUGAAGAAAUCUAGCGAGCUGCAGCUGACAUUACAGAGGUCCCAGAUCAAGUACGACAACAAGUCGAUCGGUGUUAGCAUUGACAAGAUCGAGUUGAAGGUCACAAACAGAAACCGCAAAUACGCUAUAAUUCCCCAAAAAAAAACACAAUUUACGUUGCUAGACGGUGUCAGUGCUACAUUUGGAGCAGGUACUGUUAAUGCAAUUAUGGGUCCAUCAGGAAGUGGAAAGACAACUUUACUUAAUCAUCUUUCCAACAGGUUACCAAAGACUUCCAACUACGUAUGCAGUGGAACUAUACGGCUUAAUAACUCUUUGGUUGUCUCACCACGAAAGCUUUCCACCAUUGCUGCAUAUGUGACACAACAUGACAAUUCUUUAAUACCAACUUUGACCGUCAGAGAGACCUUAUACUAUCAAGCCAAAUUGAGGUUGCCUUUGGAGAAGCACAAAUCAAUUCCGGGAAUUGUUGAGACAAUGAUUCGUAGAACCGGCUUGAUUGACUGUGCUGAUACGAUGAUCGGUAAUGAAUUUAUCAAGGGAAUCUCUGGAGGAGAGAGAACGCAGAGUUUCCAUCUCGAUUCAACUUUUGAGUGA